CUAGUUCACUUGUAGAACCACCCCAUCUAAACUCAUUUUCUAGAGUCUGAAAAAACUGUAUUUUCAUCCAAAAUGGGUUCUAAGGCAGUUGCAAGAAUGGCUCUUCUUCUCUCACUUAACCUUCUCUUUUUUACUCUAGUUAGCUCAAAGCAUCAUCACCAUGAUGUCCCUUGCCCACCACCACCACCACCAAAGACACCAAAAUGCCCACCACCGUCAUCUCCUACGCCUACCCCUCCUACGCCAACCCCUAGUACCGGUACUUGUCCAAAACAUGCCUUAAAACUAGGAGUAUGUGCUAAUUUAUUGAAUGAUUUGCUUCAUCUAGUAAUAGGAACUCCGCCAAAGGAGCCAUGCUGCUCUCUCAUUAAAGGUCUUGCCGACCUUGAAGCUGCAGUUUGCCUUUGCACCGCCCUUAAGGCCAAUCUUCUCGGCAUUAAUCUUAACGUCCCAAUCUCCCUGAGCUUGCUCUUGAAUUACUGCGGAAAGGGUGUUCCUGCAGGAUUCCAAUGCUCCUAGAGGGUCAAACUUUCUACUUUCUAGUGUCUGAUUUCAAUCUCCGGUUGAUUUUCCUUUUCUGCUUUUAUAUGUUUGUUUGGACUAUUUUUCAUUUGGCCUUAAGAUUAUGCUUCGAAUUAUAUGAAAAGAUUGGAAUAUGUACUAUUGUCAUGUAAUAGAAUGUCUGUUUCUUGUCCAAUAAUGUCUUAGAUGGGAUGGUUUGAUUUUGUCUGCAACUUGUAUGAUAUGUAAAAGCUUAUAAGAUGGAGUGUUGCUUAAUGUUUAAUAAUUUUAUCCUUAAUGAAGUUAUGGCAAGUCCAGUUCUAUAUCAA